UCCACUCCCACAUCAGCAGCAGCAGAGAGCCCAGAUCAUGCACAUGAAGAAGUGCUCAGCAGCCUCUCCAUUGCUGGGAUUGGCAGCGCUCAGUAAAAGUUAGGAGGGAGGGCUAGGAGCUGCCUACAAGUUCGCCUGCCUGCCCCCCCCCCCCCCCCCCCCUCUCUCCUUUGACAGCCACUUGAUCCUAUGUGUGUGAUCUGUUGUUUUUUCCUCCUCCAGCAGUGGAUGUAGGGAGCUGUGGGAUCACUUGUGUUUGCAUUGAGUGCUGUGGCCCCUCCUGUGCACAGAGCAAGGGAAUUCCAGCUCCAGGCUGAUGGGAUCAUCUCCAGGGUCCAGUGACAGCUGAUGACAGCCCCAUCCCUGAGCUGCUCUAUUGAUGAUCGCACUGGAUCUAUGACUUGGUGAAGGGUUACUGGUGUGAGUGAGUGAAGGAGGCACACACCGGUGGGGGCAUGAUGAUACAUCCGAUGCCAAGGCGGACUGCUCCUUGAAGACUAUGCCGAAGUUUAAAUGACAGUGAAGGAUUUGUGACAUGUGCUGUGUUGUGCCCGAUCUGAUCUGACAGCCUGCGAUCUCUCUCCAGGCGGUGCCCUGUGUGCCGGGGGAUGCCAUGCCCCGUAACCAUAGCGGUGGCGAGGAGCCUGGUGGCUCUGGGCUCUGGAUGAAGAGCGGCUCCGGAGGGAGAGGACGGGGCAGAGAGCGCUACUACGGUAUGAAGGAUGUGGAGAGCGGCCGGGGAAGCAGGGUCCUCCUCAACUCCAACCGAGGAGAUGGCUUACUACUGCUGGGGACAGGUGAAUCGGCCCGGAGCGCUGGGGCAGGAGGAGUGGGGAACCUGCUGCAUGAGAGCCGGCGGGGGAAGCAGGGAGCUCGGAUGAGCUUGUUGGGGAAGCCGCUGUCUUAUAAUAGCAGUCAGAGCUGCAGGAGGAACGUCAAGUACAGGAAGCUUCAAAACUAUCUCUACAACGUGCUGGAGAGACCCAGGGGCUGGGCUUUUGUCUACCACGUCUUCGUUUUUCUUCUUGUCUUCAGCUGCUUAAUUCUAUCAGUGUUUUCCACCAUCCCUGAACAUCAAGAACAAGCUUCAUAUUGCCUCUUUGUCCUGGAAUUUGUAAUGAUCGUUGUAUUUGGUUUGGAGUACAUUAUCCGUAUAUGGUCUGCAGGCUGUUGCUGUCGGUAUCGAGGAUGGCAGGGAAGGUUAAGAUAUGCCAGGAAACCAUUUUGCGUAAUAGAUAUCAUAGUUCUUAUUGCAUCUGUGGCAGUUGUGUCUGCUGGAUCUCAGGGAAAUAUUUUUGCUACAUCAGCCCUACGAAGUCUUCGAUUCCUACAGAUCCUCCGAAUGGUGCGCAUGGAUCGGAGAGGGGGAACAUGGAAAUUACUAGGUUCAGUUGUUUAUGCACACAGCAAGGAACUCAUCACAGCUUGGUACAUAGGAUUUUUAGUGCUCAUCUUUUCCUCGUUUCUCGUUUAUCUGGUUGAAAAAGAAGCUAACACACAGUUUCAAACAUAUGCAGAUGCUUUAUGGUGGGGUACGAUCACGUUGACUACCAUUGGCUAUGGUGACAAAACCCCACACACGUGGCUUGGAAGACUUCUCUCAGCUGGGUUUGCUCUGCUUGGCAUUUCCUUCUUUGCUUUACCUGCAGGUAUUCUUGGAUCCGGGUUUGCCUUAAAAGUUCAGGAACAGCACCGACAGAAGCACUUUGAAAAGAGGAGGAAUCCUGCCGCUAGUUUAAUUCAGUGUGUAUGGCGUAGUUAUGCGGCUGAUGAGAAAUCGGUUUCCAUUGCUACCUGGAAGCCUCAUUUGAAGGCCUUGCAUACCUGCAGCCCUACAAAGAAAGAACAAGGCGAGACAUCUGGCAGUAAGCUUUAUAGUAAUACACAGAAGCUCUUCAGGAUGUACAGCAUUCGGAAGACUAGCCAGAAAUUAAGCUUCAAGGAGCGUGUACGUAUGGCAAGUCCAAGGGGGCAAAGCAUAAAGAGCAGACAAACAUCAGUUGGUGACCGUCGUUCUCCCAGUGCUGAUGGGACUUCUGAGGCAAGCCCAACAAAAGUACAGAAAAGCUGGAGUUUCAAUGACAGAACUCGUUUCCGCCCUUCUCUGAGACUAAAGAGUUCUCAACCAAAACCGGUGGCUGACAGUGACGUCAAUCUUGGAACAGAGGAAGCACAUGAUGAGAAAGGAUGUCACUGUGAUGUAUCUGUUGAAGAUCUAACUCCAGCUCUUAAAACAGUCAUCCGAGCGGUCAGAAUUAUGAAAUUCCAUGUAGCAAAGCGAAAGUUCAAGGAGACCCUACGGCCAUAUGAUGUGAAAGAUGUGAUUGAGCAAUAUUCUGCUGGCCAUUUGGAUAUGUUAUGCAGAAUAAAAAGCCUCCAAACACGGGUUGACCAAAUUCUUGGAAAAGGUCAAAUAACCACUGAUAAAAAAAGCCGGGAAAAAAAUAUUUCUGAAAUUGAGACCGCAGAUGACCUCAGUAUGUUGGGUCGAGUGGUUAAAGUUGAGAAACAGGUGCAAUCAAUCGAGUCAAAAUUGGACAGCCUACUUGAUAUCUACCAACAGGUCUUAAAAAAAGGAUCUGCCUCAGCACUGACUUUGGCAUCAUUUCAGAUGCCACUAUUUGAAUGUGAACAAACUUCAGAUUAUCAAAGUCCAAUAGACAGCAAAGAUUUGUCCAGUUCUGCACAGAAUAGUGGAUUCAUAACAAGAUCAGCUAGUGCCAACAUCCCUCGGGGGUUACAGUUUGUACUUACACCAAAUGAAUUCAGUGCACCUGCUUACUAUGGAUUUAGUCCAGCGAUGCAAAGCCAAGCAACACAGGUGUCAGCAAAUGUGAGCGAUGGACCUGUAACUAUGGUAACAAACAGUAUAUCAAACCAAAUAAGCCAGGCCUCAAAGCCAACAGCGCCGACAACAUUACAAAUACCAGCUCCACCCUCACUGAAACAUAUCAGCAGACCAGAACCAAUUCACAUAAUUCCUAUGACCACAAAAGAAGAUACUUGUGAUGUCACCUCCUGCCUUGUCGCCUCAAAGGAAAGUGUACAGUCUGCACAAUCAGGUAUAAAUAAACAUUUUGUAAGGAGGAAAAGCCUUGAUGCAAAUAAUGGAGUACUGUCUUCGGUCCCCUUUUCACAUAAGGAUUUUAGCAAAUCAAUUUCUGUGCAAAAUCUGAUUCAAUCCACAGAAGAACUAAAUGCACAGCUUUCAUGCAGUGACUCAAGCGUCUCAAGAGGCAGCCAGGAACUUUACCCACAAUGGCGGGAGUCAAAGCUUUUUAUUGCAGAUGAGGAGUUGGAAACUGAGACUGAAACUUACGAUGCUGUCUCUGAGCCUACUGUUGAAACCACUUUAUUAUCUGACUCUUUGAGGACUGGAAUAGCAGUUUCAUCUCAAAGCAUUAGCAAAACUAGGGAUGGUGCAAAAAACCUAAGCCCUCCUCAUGUCAAACAUAAGUAAAGAUACAUUUUUUAUUUGUUUUGUGUUUAUGGUUCCUUUAGUCAUCAUCAAUAUCAUUGCAUGAAUUAUUCUGAAAGCCCUUAAAAAAAAUGCUAGAUUCAGAAGGAAACUGAAAGGCAGGCCUUUUCUGGGCCAUCUCUUCUAGCUGCAUGCAAAUGCAUGUUUCAAGUGAAGAGUACAAAAAUAAACAAGAAUAUAUAUAAAUAUUAAGAGAUUUAACCCUAGAAACGUGAUUAUAUGUUACUUGGUAAAAAGGUUUCUUGCCUACCAAGCAAAGCCACAAAAUAUUGGAACAUCGUUUUAAAAAUGACCCUAUAAUUUAAUGGCACUGUUUAUGAAUCAAAGAGUCCAAAGCGCCUUGAUUAUAAAGAGGAAAAGAUUUUUUUCAAAAUUUGAGGUGUAUAAGUCAUGUUUACAAAGACAAAUAUAAUGUUACAGCUGCUAGCAAUUGUACCAAGAAACGUAAAAAAAAAGGACUUGAACUGCUGCUGUUGUGAUGGCAAGUACACAUUAACUCACUUCUUUUAAAUGCACACAUAACAUGAAUGUUGAUUUCUGUAUAUUUUUUUGGUAAAUUAGUGUUGUGACAAAAAAUAACGUUGGCACAUCACUUUCAGGUUUUUUUUCUAGGAACAUUCUUUUCCUAUGAAAAUUUAUAAAACAUGGAAAAGGUCACUGCAGUCUUAAAAUGCUGUACAAACUUUCAUUAAGGACUAAACCAGUUUACUAUGAAAUUAAUUCUGCCUCCAUAUUUCUUUUUAAAGUAUUCCUGGAUGUUAAAUGAUAGGCUUGUUAUUUGAAAAUAGUUACGGUACAUGAUGUAUAUUGUAUAUAUGGAGUCCAUGUCUUUAAAUUUGAUACCAGGGAUGUCAUUUCAGAGGAAAGAGAAGGACUUUGGUCAGUGUGAUUGUUUUUUUUUUAUCAUUGACGGCCUUGUAUCUAUUAAAGCCAUUUUUUUUGCAAAUACCUACACACAGUCCUAGUCAUAAUUCAGAUGAAAACUCCUUCCAUUCUCAAAUAAUGUCCCUGACUUACAAAUGACUUGUGUUCUCUUGUUCUUAUCUUACCUGAACAAAGGAUUGGAUAAUCAGUUCCAAAAGAUGUCUGAAGCACAAAAGCUAAUUACUGUUUGCUAUUUCACAUGGAGUUUCGAUUUUUUAUUUAAUUAGUACAACAUCAGUUUGAUCUUAUUAAAGCUUGUUUACUAAUACCUUUGUGACAUUAUCUAGGGUAUCUCAACAUCUCAGCUCAUACUAGAAAUAACCUAUUUUGAAUGUCUGCAUCUUUUUAGCCAAAUAACAACUCUGUACAUUGAAAAGUAUUGUAUAAUGUGUACAUCUAUACAUAUUUUUGUUUUUCUUUAAUUUUAUUUUAAGAAAAUGUUUCACGUGCCUUUAUUUCAUUGUACAUUGCCAUAUCUUAUAGUUAUGCAUUUUGGUAGGAGAUUAUAAAAUACAAAAAUAGUUUUUAUUUUAAAGAAAAAAAAAAGUUUGUUACUUUGCUUCUUUCCUUCAUUAGACUCAGCAGGUACCCUUAGUCAAUUUAAUUGGUAAUUUAUUCACACUUAACUUGGUAAACUGUAUUUGCCUUAAAUGAAAUGCUUGAGAGCUUGAAAUUUACUAGUUUUAAUUUAAUUUAUUUAAUAAAAUUUUGUGCACAUAACUGGGCAAUUCUAUGAAUCAUAUAUAAAAAAUAUAUUGGAUAUUUUUCCUCAAAGUGGAAAUAAAGAGGGGAUAUCUUUUCA